AAAAUUUAACUAGGGAUACGAUAAGUCGCAAUCAGCCGAUUCGAUUACUGGAUUCAUCCAAGUAUAUAUAUACCUAUAUCUAUUAAUAUAGAAAAAUCGAAUCGAAGGAUUCUUGUCAAUUCCAAGAUCGUCGAUACUUGCUCAUCGAUGAUCAAGGUCCUCGUAAGUCCUUUCGAGGUAUUUAUACGUAGUGCGCGUCUCUGCGGGAUUCACACGACGUUCGCCUCGUCCACUUGACGAACCACGGGAAUUACGUAAAAGCACCGUAACUGUGAAGGAUUGAUAACUGACUUUCGGUUGGAUUACACGGAAACAGUAAAAUACGUGGAACGGUGAAAAAAUUGGUGAAGGGUGUCCGAUAACGAUAACAGGAUUCUUUUUUUGUCAGUGGGAACAAUGUGGUUCGUGACUUCCUGCGUUAUCGGUUUGUGCCUGAUUUGGGAAGCGUUUGCUCUCCCUUAUGAAGGGAUGAUGAUCAACAUUAAUGAUAGGACGCUUUUCGUCAGGAGUCUUCCUGGAUAUCCGGGAACAAGGAGUGAUCUUUAUGAGGUCUACAUGGAACCGUAUCUUUUUGCAAUCGGGCUAAAAGCUGUCGUGGAAGUAAAGGCUCUAGGGGAGGAUGGUUCACCAACAGAAGGACCUAAAGGUGUCCUCACUCUGGAGCAACGACCUGAAGGCGUCAGGGUGACAGGAACAAUAACCGGUUUAACUCCAGGCUUACAUGGUUUGCACGUUCACGAAAAGGGUGACUUAAGAAAUGGAUGUACCUCAGCAGGGGCUCAUUUCAAUCCCUACAAGGUCAAUCAUGGCGCACCGAGUGACCCUCUACGUCAUGUGGGUGACUUGGGUAACAUUGAAGUAAAUGCUGAUGGAGUAGCAGACAUCGACGGCAUGGAUCACUAUUUGACAUUGAUUGGCGCAAGAGGAGCAAUCGGUCGAGCGCUAGUAGUUCAUGCCAAGCCUGAUGAUCUUGGUCGAGGUGGAACAGAAGAUAGUAUUAAUACUGGAUCAGCCGGAGCUCGUGUGGCCUGUGGUGUUAUUGGUUUUUUAUAAACUCCAAUUAAAUAUAUAUCCAUCUUGCACACUUUAGCAUUCUUAAGACGUUACGUUAGAUUUUGUACUUAAAUAUAUAGACAAUCAAGAUUUCCUUGAGACUACGUCUUCAUCAAUAAAGCAUCAAUAAGAAGAUUAGAAUUUCAUGACUCAACGAUAAACAUAUAAUGCGAGGCACAAUGAUAUGCCGUUCAAUGAAGAAACAUAAUUGAUAUGAAUUUUGUUACAUGUAAUAAAAAUUGUUAAAUGAUUUCGAA